AAGGGAAAGGCUAAGGCGGACGCGCACGAGGGCCCCGAGGGCGAGUUUUGCGCCGUCAAGGCCUCUGUGGUGCUUGCCCUCUCCCCCGUGUUCGCGAGCAAGCCGCGCGAGGGCGCAGAAGAAAUGCUCGACUCGAUGAUCAUGCGAUAUAUCCCAGCCCUGCGCGGCGUCGUACUUGCGCACUCGAAUCUGCAGUUUCUCGACAAGGUCGGGCGGAUACAGGCCGACAGCCCAUUCGCGGUAUGCAACGUUGGGUUCGAGGCGACGAUAUGGCGGCCAGAGCUGGGGAUGAAGCUAUCCGGAAAAAUCAAUCUCUGUUCCCCUGACCACAUAUCGCUGCUCGUGCAUCGGACGUUCAAUGUAUCUAUACCUCGACACCAUAUCCAAACUGACGAGUGGGAGUUUGAACAUGGGCCGGCCGAGAAUGACCCAGAAUUUGGUAUAGGAGUAGAGGCAGUGGAUGCCCAGGAUGGAGAAGAUCCAGGAGACGCACGCCCCUCGGAAGAUGUGGAACGAGGCGGAAGGUGGAUUCACAAAGUCACUGGUGAUCGACUGGGUGGUGAGGAGGGACGCCUGGAGUUCACAGUUGUUGGCCUCACGAUCGCGAACCAAAUGCUUUCCGUUCUCGGCUCUAUCCAGCCAGAUCCCUUCUCUCCUGCCCAUAUUUCUCACUCUGCUGCACACGAGGAACCUCAAACAGUGCGAUCACCAUCUCCUCAAGCCGAAGAAAACGAAAACGAUGCAAGCGGAGAAGAAGAAGAAGGCGGGGCAAUCGACGCUUUCGCACAGCUCGGCCGGCUCAGCGACGAGGCAGAGAAAAAGGCGCAAAAGGAGCGCGAAGCCAGGGAGAAAGCGGAGAGAAAGGAAGAGAGAAAGCGAAAACGGAGAGAAAAGGAGAAGCAAGCUGAGGAGGGAGAGGUUGCGGUCAAGAAGUCGAAAAAG